CUAUUAUUGUUUUGUCAAUCACCGGUUGAUUAUUGAUUUUAUGAAAAGUUCUCAAGUGAAAACAUUUUCAAAAAAUUCGGAUCAACAAAACUAUAUCCUCUAUAAUAAUCCACUGUUACUAAAUAUGAUACCGAAUGAAAUCUUCGCUGAAGACAUGAUGAGUACUGUGAUCCGAUACGGCCUGUAUAUCGGCGCUGCAUUUCAACUAAUUUGCUUGCUAGCUUGUGUUACACUUACGGACGAACAGAGCGAAUCGCAUCCAUAUGAGAAGGCAUACACAGACAGUGAUGAAUGCAGUUCAGAGCAGUCUUCCCCGGGCCACAGAGCAACCAUAUCUCGCACCAGAAGACAUGAUAAGAAGAAACGUCGUUAGACUACAAACAUGAAAGAACUACGUUUUAAAUUAUAGACCUGUACGGAAUAUUACGAGUACUUGUUGAAAAAAACAAUUUAUAAAAUUGUAACUUUCAACUACCCAUGAUAUACUCUUAAGUAAUAUAUGUUUAGAAGUAGAUGAUUUUAGACUGUCAAAAAAAAAGGCACUGUAUCCAUAAAUUCAAUUUCUUUUAAAUUGAGAUGCUAAUUCUUUUGAUGGUAUUUCACUGGAAUAGAAUAGGUACAUUUCCUGUUACAAUUAAUUCAAGUCAGUCCAAAUUGUUAUACUGUAAAACCUAUUUAACAUAAUUAAUAGUACCUUGUAUCUUUUUCAGUAGCUUAGAUAAUGUCUAUAAAAGAUGUAGGUUUAAUAUAAGUAGUUAAGGUGUAAAGCUGCUCUUAGCUUCCAUAUUUAUUUUUUUACUUAUUAUGUUAACAACUGAUGCUGUUUUAAUUAAAGUUCGGAAUCUCAUCUAGAUGUAAGAGUAUACUUAAAGUGGUUUUAGAUCAUCAUUAGUGUAUUUUUUAAUCAAUAUCAUUAUCAGUCUACUUAUGACCCAGGGCUCUCUUCAAUUCAAUUUUGGAUUUUAUGGCUUGCUGCUGUACCAACUGGGUACAAAGGGCUCUAUUAUAGGCGAUAUGUGGGUUGUCAGGUUUAGGUUGAUAACGUUAAAUUCUUUAACAACCAUCAUUAGAUCACACUGGGGUGCCUCUUAUAUUUAUAUAAAAUGUGUAGAUAGUUCCAUAAUAUCAAUAAUUCUCAAAUACAUAAUUAACUUACAUACAUUAAUGUCUGAUCUCAACAACACUUUUUCACAAUUUUAAUUACAUAAAUCUUAUUACGAGCAGAUAUUGCUCUAAUUAAAAAUACAUCUGAUCUCAAUGAAACUUCUUUUUUCUUUAAUUUAUAUUGUAGUUUCACAAUAUAAUAUAAGCAGUUGAUUUAUUUUUCCAUGGUGCAAUUUGUCUUAUCAUACUUGCAAGUUAGAUCAGUUGAACAUUUAAUAUUCUGUUCAUAUAGUAUGGAUGUGAGUUUAUUUGUUACACUUUCAUGCCUAAACCACUAAACCAAUUAUAAAAAUUCUUUCAACAAUGGAAAAUGACAUCAAUGAGUGAAAUGUGAAGGUGAAAAUGAUGUAGGCUAUUGUAAGUCGAAUCUGUUGAACUGAAUAAAAGACAAAUAUCUAAAA